GCGAUUUUGCCAAAAUAUGUGUUUCCUCUUGAUCGAAUUGAGCUUGAUCGUGCCAAUUCGGGAAAGAAAUGGGUUAUGGCGUUUCAAGGGUGUAUUAAGGGCGAUUCUGCGAGGAGGGAAAGUCGCACGGAGAUGAUAAAGUCCGAGGAUGGGGUAACCUGUGGCCUUCCAGAUGGUGUAAUGCUCCAUCUGUCAGCAGCCACUGCUAACAUGGCUAGUGGGAGGAACUGAUGGGAGUUUAAGGCUAUCCAUAUCUGGUAGGACACUUUCCGUAUUCUUGACCCAGGAAUUGAAGUAGGAUCUGCAGCUCCCAUAGUAGUAAAAACUAACUUGUUGCAUUACCAACUUUAUAAAGUAUGGUGCGCCAUAGAUAUCCUGCUUGGGGAGUUUCAAAGGUAACAGAGGUUCCUGAAUCUUAAACAGUGACUCUUAAUCUGAUUUGAAAUUGCACAGGUCAUUCCUUGCUAAUUAAAAUUCUGUGUCACUUCCUUCGCUACCCCAGAUUUGGUUACCUAGUAAUCCACCUAAGGAGUGUUGUCUCGAAAUCUGAUUUAGAAGAUGAUUAUUUCUUCAGAUACAUCUGAACUCUAGUGUUAUACUAAAACCAUAAUUGUGCUCCAGAAGUUGUAAUUUUACUCAUUUUGAUCUUUGAUCCGCUGCUAUUCACCAGAAAGUUAACAACAUUUUUACACUCUUAAGACUGAAAUUUAAAGUAAUAGAUGGAAAAAAGUGGCUUUCUCAGGGUAGUUGUCAUUGAUAAGAGAAUAUUUUCCAUUACACCAUAAUGAUGCUUAGACUUAUAUCUGCUGAGUGGUAGAAGAAGUGAGCAAAAGUCAGAUUGGAAUCUGUUUGUAGAUCACUGGAUGAUCUGUAGCACAUAAGCAAUUGAGAGUCAAAAACACAGGCUUAGUAGUAGUUACAAGUUUUCCUUUUCCCUAGACUAACUCUCAAAUGAAGAAAGUUUGGAGAAACCAGGAGUGGUUGUUUCAUGUGAAAGAACUCUGAAUUCUGUUCAGUGUUGGUAUUGAAACCAGAUUCCUGGGCAAAGAAAGUGCCCGGAUAUAGUUUGCCUUGUCAUUUUAAGAAAACAGGAUAUCAUUAAUAACUGAAACAAGAAGACGUUUUGAGACAGAAUAUAUACCAGCAAAAACAGAUAAAUAUGAUUCCAGAGAUAUGGAAAGACUACAUCAAGAUGAUAUCUGGAUUGAUAAUUUUCUAAUAUGGCGACAAGAUGUUGCGGAUGAUACACUGAAGAUGAUUGAUGAGAGCUUUCAGUGGCGAAAGGAGUAUGCAGUUCAUGAUUUGACUGAAUCUUCCCUUCCAAAGUGGUUAUUUGAGAUUGGUGCCCUUUACCUACAUGGUUAUGAUAAGGAAGGGUAUAAAAUGUUUUGGUUUAGGGUGAAACUUCAUACAAAAGAUCCUAAAACUCAGUUUGAAAAAAAGAAACUAGUGGCCUUUUGGUUAGAGCGCUAUGCAAAAAGGGAACAUGGAAAGCCCUUGACAGUGGUCUUCGACAUGGCUGAAACUGGAAUAAGUAACAUAGACUUGGACUUUGUCCGAUACAUCAUCAACUGUUUUAAAAUCUACUAUCCUAAUUAUCUCUCAAAAAUUGUGAUCUUUGAACUGCCCUGGGUAAUGAAUGCUGCUUUUAAACUUGUGAAAACUUGGCUGGGUCCAGAUGCAGUAGGUUUUUUGAAGUUGACCAGUAAGAAUGACGUGCAGGAGUAUAUCAGUACUGAAUAUUUACCACCUCAUAUGGGUGGGACUGAUACCUUUAAAUACAGUUACCCUCCAUUGGUUGAUGAUGAUUUUCAAACUCCAUUAUGUGAAAAUGGACCCACUACUAAUGAGGAUGAAACUGAGAGCAAAGAAGGAGGAAUAGACAUGGAUAACAAGGAGAGUCAAGAAUCUAACGAAGAGCAAGCACCUAAUUCCAAAAAGGCAAGUUUUGCAGAACAAACUACAAAAUCGGAAGAGUGUGAAAAAGUAGAUUUCAAAACAAAAAAUACAAAGAAAGCGCUUACCACUUUUAAAGGAACUUUGUUGCAUAUCAGUCCAGCAGAAGAAUUACAUUUUGGUUCCAAAGAAACUGGAGAGAAGAAAUGCUUGAUAGUUCUAACCAAUGUGACUAAAAAUACAGUUGCAUUUAAGGUGAGAACAACUGCUCCUGACAAGUACAGAGUGAAGCCAAGUAACAGCAGUUGUGAACCAGGCACAUCAUUAGAUAUAAUUGUAUCUCUUCAUGGUGGUUGUACAGCUUCCCUGCAAGACCGUUUUCUGAUUAUGGCAGCAGAAAUGGAUCAGAACUUUGGUGUAGGAACACAAGAAUUGGCUCAGUUUUGGAAGGAAGUCCCUAGAAACAAAGUGAUGGAACAUAGAUUAAGAUGUCAUGUUGUAGAAAGCAGCAAGCCUUCCACUUUAACAUUAAAUGAAAAUGCUUUUAAUAUUCCUGCAAAAACCAAUGAAGAUUUACACCUACAGCUAACACAGUUACUGCAAGUUAAUAAAAGACUUCGAGAACAGAUUGACCGCUGUGUUUGGUUCCAGCAAUUGACUCUUCUGUUAGUGUUGCUAUUAGUUGUUAGUACUACUAUUUGUUUCUACCACUUGUAUGCUACAGGCAACUAAACAGCAGUAUUUUCUACAAUAUGCUAUAUAAAAUCAAGUUGUGAAAGGACAAAGGACCAGUACUAUACUAUUUAACUGCUUAAUUGUCCCAACAAUAGAUAUGUUUGGGGGCUCCCCAGAAACUAAAAAUCACAAAAGGGUGAACUAUGCCUUUAAUCAACAUGUAGAAUGACUUUGUUAAUAUUUAUUAUAGUGUAAGGAGAGAGCAGGGCAAUGAAAGAGUUAUUUUGACUGGACAACCUACUAAAGGUUAAAAAGCAAAAGAUGUUUAUGAACGCCUAUUCUCCCUUUCAUUUCUGUCAUGCAGAAUUCUCCAAGAUUUAUCAAAAUAAUUAAUUUUGUACAUAAAAUUUAACAUUUCUUUUGAAAUGAAACAGACUAGGUAAUACACUUUUCUAUAUUGUUUGUACAUAAAGUAUUAGUGGGCAUAGUAGAUGAUAUGCAUGAUCAUGCAGUUAGAAUUUGAGGAACUAGAUCCUAAUGGUGGUGGCCUUUAUUCUUAUUUGCAUUUUCCAGAUUUAUUAAAGCUAUUUUAUGCCAAAUAGUUUGCAUCCAAUAUUUACCUUGUAGCCAUAUUGUCCAGAAUUGCCUACCAUGGUUCUUAAGAGACCUUGGUUUACAGGACACUCAGAGUUCAUUUCCUAUAGGAAAGCACCACGUACCAUGAUCUUGAUUUUUUUAAAAAGUUGUAUAGAAACACAACUUUCCAUUCUGCAAUGGGGCUUGGUUUAAAGAAGCUGAAAUAGCUAGCUGGAGUUGUGACAUUAUUUCAUUAGGUGUUGCCACUGAAUUUUUGCUGGUGUGGUGUUAUAUGAGGCAUUUUCCUCUAAUUCUAGGACAUUCAUAGUCAGGUUUGGAAUAAUUUGAUGUGUGUGCAUCUUUAACUGAUAUAAGUGCUGAAAUAAUAAACAAUGUAGAAGAAACAGUUUAGGCAGGAUGGUGCAAACAUGCUAGAGAAAUUGUGGAAAGGAUUAGUGAUUACUUCUACUGGGAAAUAUUUUACUGAUGGUCCAAAAGAUGAAUACAAACUUAUCUUGGUUAAGCAUUCUUUUGUACUUAACUGUACGCAAUAUUAUAUAGAUAUUAAAAUAGCUUGGUCCAAUCUCUGUCAACAGUGAACCUUUUUUAAUCUGUUGAGAUACUAUAUGGUACAAUAGGACAUGUUUGGAGGUGCAGCCUUAAAAUCAGUUCUGACUGCUUCUUUCCACUUAAGAAUAAUUAGUGCUAUAAGCCAUAGUUCUCUCAAAGCCAGCAAUUAUGCAUCCACAUCUGUGCUGCAGAGCAUACUAUACUAUAUUCGGGAACGUUUCAUUUGCUUCACUCUGUAUAUGAGAGUGAUCACAUUUGCCAUAUAGUCCCAUUUUCUAGUGAGAAAGGUUCUGAAUGUCCAUAAUUCAGCACAUGCAAUAAAGUUUUGAAUCUUCAGUCUUGUUUGAUUUAAAUAAGGGUAAGCAUUUAUAACUGAACACUACUUUCAUUCCAAACUUUUCAUUUUACUACAGAUAUUCCACUUUAAUUGAAAAGUUUGCUUAUUUAGGUUUAAAAAGUGAAUGUUGUGAAAUUAGGCCAUAUUCCACACAAUAUAAAACACUGGUUCCAAUAGGCUUCUUUACAUAAUUCUGUUGCGAUGCAGCCUCAAGCUAAAUGAUGCAUGACAGCAACAGAUGAAAUUGAAAGACCCAGUUUUAAGCAUAUGGGUCUACUGCCCACCCUAUGGCACUGUGUUCAUCUGUCUCCCAAGUCCUGGGCUCCAGGGAGAUGUAUGGCAAGGGAGUCUUUCCAGCUUUUUGACUUUGUCUCUUUCACUGGAAACACUAACCAAGAUUUUUGAUAAUUGUGAAUGGUUUCCAUAAAAUUGAAUAUAAAUUCCAGUUAAUAAUGCAAGGCAAUUGAAAAAAAAUCUUUACAAGAUUAACUUCUCUGCUCAUGAAUUCAUUCUGUAUUGACUUGUAACGUCUUACUGUUGAUCACAAGAUUCUUAAUUGUUCUGGGUUUCAUGUAGAUUAUUUUCCUAGGCAAACCAAAACUUUUUCAAUAAUUGGUUUUCAUCUGUCUUGCUUUCAGUAAACUUCUAACGAAAAUGUUCUAGUUUCUAACAAGUCAUCAGUAGUACAAAAUGCUUACCACUAAGGUGGACUGGAUUUAAUUGCACUUUAUUGAACAUUUUCAAAAUACAUUCAUAAAAUCUAUGCCAAUAAAUAUUAAUGUUCCGGUGCUUAAAUAGUUUCAGUAUUUUAUUACUGUAUGCAUAUUUUCUAUGUAAAUUUAUCAGAUAAUGUUUUCUAUUUUAAUAUGUUAUAGAUGAAUAACUGAAUUUGUGAAAUAAAUGAGAAAAAGUUGUUGUGUUCAUUGCAGUUGUUUUUAAAGUCACAACUUGGACAUGCAUUUUGCAAGGUUGAUAUAGUUGUUUUGAUUUUUUAAAAAUACAGAUUAUCUUUAAAAUGGACUAUUAAACUGUCUUUGCAAUUACCUAGAUGCUGUUAGAUAUCAAAGCAUGGUCUUCACACUAACUUUUACUGUAGCUUCAGGGCAGUUCAACCAUGAGUUAAGUCUCACUUGAACCAGUUUGUACAACUGGGGAAGGAAAAUAAUCCACCAUAGCUUAUUUUUCUAUCUUGCACAUGCUAGUUACACACUAUGAAAUGGCUAUGAUUGCUUUUACCGUGAGCCAUUUGUCAUUUUGUCUGAACCUAGUGAGGGGCUGGUACCUCUCUAGAAAUCAUGGUCAGUCCUGUACUUGUAACAUUGACUUCUGAUGGCAUGGCAAACAGUACCUGGUGGGAAAAAUUAUGGUAGUUUAGUGGCAUGAAACCACUGAAUGGCAGAGAGGUUGAAUACACUACAGUGGGCUGUUUUCCUUCCCCAGUCCCAAAGUGAACUGGCUCACUGACUUCAAAUAGGCUUUAGCCUCAGGACAUAUAUCUUGCUGGGUUGGGUGCAUGUUGCUUUGCUCUAUUUCCCAAUGAAUACAUGGGAAGGGAAUGAAUAUGCUCUUUUGUCAAUGGCCGACCAGCUUUUGAAAAAGGACUGAAUGGAUCCAGUCAGCUGACUCUUAAUUAAACAGUUAGUGGCAGUGAUAUGGUAUUACUGUAUCUUUGCUGUUGCUAUAUUGUUCCUAAAAAUGAACCACUGCCCAUAUGGUAAUUCAGAGCAACUAGAGAGCCAGUAUAGUGUAGCUGUAAGAGUGUGGGACUGGGACUCCAGAGAACUGGCUUCUAGUCCCAUGGAACUAACUGGGUAACUUUAGGCUGGCAGUCUGUGACCUUCACCUGAAUGAGGACAUUAUUGAACUGGGAGAAGUACAGCAAAAAUGAUCAGGUGGCUGGAGCAACUUCUUGAGGAACAGCCACAACAACUGGGAAUACUAAAGUGAGAAAAAAAGGCAAGGGGAGGCAUGAAAGAGAAAUUAAAAUAAUGCAUGAUGUGGAAAUUUUUCUCCCUCUGCCAUGUCACUUGAAUCCAGGCUUAGUCCAUGAAGCUGCUUGGUGGAAUGCUUAGGACAAACAAAAGGAAAUACCUUUUCCACACAGAACUAUGGAAUUUGCUACCACAGUAAGUGGUGAUGGUUAAAAAGGGAUUAGACAGAUGAGGGAGGAGACUUGUCAGUAGUUACUAGCCUUGCUGGCUAUGUGCUACCACCUCCACAGAGGUAGCAUACCUGCAUACACCAGUUGCUGGGGGAGCCUUGUACCCAACCUGCUUGAGUGAUCCUGUGGGUAUCUGGUUUGCCACAAUGUGAAUGAGGAGCUGGACUAGAUGGAUCCAGCAUGGCUCUUCUUGUGUUCUUGCACCUCAGGUUGUGAGGGUAAAUUUUGAGAGGAGAAUUAUGUAAGCCUUCGAGUUCCUUAAAAGGAAAAAAGGAUAUCAAUUUAAUUCUGCAACAUGUAGAAUGUAGCUAUGUGCCAGCUAUAUUACAGUAAGCAUAUUUGCGGUCUCAAUCAAGUAAGGGUGUCUGGCCUUUGUGGGCUUGGGUCCUGGGUAUGAGUUUUUAAUGCAUACAGCACCUUUCUUUCCUGGGGGGUGGGCAGUCAUACUGCACAAGUCAAUUCAUGUGAAACUAAUCUGGGGAAACGUAUUGUGCCAUCACCUCCUGUCCAUGGAGGCACCCUACCCCUUCCAAAAUGCUUACACACUGAGAAGGUCCUGCUGAAUGCAGUGAGCUGUGGGACCAGAGGGAGAUUCAAUUUCAGAGUUUCUCUGCAAGGAACACUAAUUCUAAAUAUUUUCUUCAAGUGUCUCCCAAUUCUCAGCACGUAUGUGUGUUGCAUAUAAAUAAGUAAUCUGCAUUUAGAAAUGACUGGGAUCAGGCUGUUUUCUUUGCAGGAAGCUGGAUUUAUUUAAUCUCACUUAGAGGAUAAUUCCUUUAUCUGCUAGUAUUAGCAAAUUCCUUAUCUUUCAAAGAUCAUCUGAUGUAAAGAUAAUUCACUGUUUCUUGAUUACCAGCAGCCAAUUACUGAUUUCAAAGUAUAUUAAAAUCUUCGUACGUACAGUAGGAUCCCUGGAUAGGUUGUAUAGGUUCCAAAUUCCCCAAAGUAUUCUGAAACUGCAAAUUGUAGCAAACAGUAUAUAAUGUAGAUGCUAUAAAUACCUAUGGUGAAGUUUAAUUUGUAUAUUAGUCACAAUAAGGCAUUAACAACAAUUACAAAAUAGAACAAUUAUAUUGUGACUAUGGUCUCUCUCAAAUAUUUAUUUUACUGUCCUCACUCCAGACCAAGAUGGCUACUAAGUGACUUAACACCUGAGUAGCAUAUACAGUGUAGAUAUGCUAGACAAAGGGAUGAUUAACUUCCUGGGCAGGACUGCACAAGAUUUUAUAUUACUCAGAAUGGCGCAUAAUUCAAAUUAUGAAUGUUUACUGUAUUUCUGGAAUUUUCCAUUUAACCUUUUCAGAUCAUAGCCAACUGUGGUUAAGUGAAACCAUAGUAACUGAAACUGCAGAUAGAGGGUUUUUACUGGGUAUACAAAUGUAAAAAUAAUGUAAUUUACUCUUCAUGCCUUCCAUGGGAGUAUCAUGAAGUUUUACAAUGCUCUCAACUAGUAUUCAGCUUCUAAAACUAUUUUUGAAAACAGUAUUUUCUGAUACUUGUGGAUAUUUUGAAAUAUUUAAAACUUUUAAUUUAAAACUUUUUGGGGCCAAGGUUACAAUUGUCCUCUACCACAAGGCAUUUAAUUAGCCACUGUUAGGACUGUUUAAGUAGGUCUUGGGAUUUAAUUUGUAUAAAAUACUGUAGUUUUACAUUUGUUUUAAAUCUGGUUAUAAAAUUUCUAUGGUAAUCUAUGCUGUUUAUAUUACUGUACAUAUUUUAAAUUGAAUGUGUUGUAUACUGACCAUAAAUAAAUAGACUGCAAAUGUA